AUGGUGUUCAGGUCCCCUCUAGAGCUCUAUCCCACCCACUUCUUCCUGCCAAACUUCCCCAGCGACCCGCACCACCACCACCGCUCGCUCCUUCUGGCCAGCGGUGGCAGCAGCUCCGGACCUGGAGGAGGAGGAGGAGGCAGCGGCGGUGGCAGCGGCGGCAGCGGCAGUGCCGCCACCGGUUGUAGCGGAGGAUCCGCCGGUGGCGGCGGCGGAGGAGGAGGCGCCUCUCGAGGAGCCCCGGAAGAGCUGUCCAUGUUCCAGCUGCCCACACUCAACUUCUCCCCGGAGCAAGUGGCCAGCGUCUGCGAGACGCUGGAGGAGACGGGCGACAUCGAGAGGCUGGGCCGCUUCUUGUGGUCGCUGCCGGUAGCGCCGGGGGCAUGCGAGGCGAUCAACAAGCACGAAUCCAUCCUGCGCGCCCGGGCGGUGGUGGCCUUCCACACGGGCAACUUUCGAGACCUUUACCACAUCCUGGAGAACCACAAGUUCACCAAGGAGUCGCACGGCAAGCUGCAGGCUAUGUGGCUGGAAGCGCACUACCAGGAAGCCGAGAAGCUCCGCGGGAGACCUUUGGGCCCCGUCGACAAGUACCGCGUGCGCAAGAAGUUCCCCUUGCCCAGGACCAUCUGGGACGGCGAGCAGAAGACGCACUGCUUCAAGGAGAGGACUCGCAGCCUCCUGAGGGAGUGGUACCUCCAGGACCCCUAUCCCAACCCCAGCAAGAAAAGGGAACUGGCGCAGGCCACCGGCCUCACCCCCACGCAAGUGGGCAACUGGUUCAAGAACCGCAGGCAGAGAGACCGGGCGGCCGCCGCCAAGAACAGGUCAGUGCUAGCCGGCUGAAGCUGGGUGUGUGUGUGGGUGGGGGGUGAGGCUUGAAGGUGAGGGUAGGCAGCGGGAGUGCGGAGCUCACACAGCUAGGACACAAACCCAUGCCCAUCCCACGCGGGGCCUGCCUUGUCUAGAUCGGACGCCUCGCCUCCUGCAAGUCUCCCAAGAGUGAGAACGCCUUGCAAGGGCGGCUAUCCUUGACCCUUUGAAAAAUCGCCUUUGGCUUCAGUUCUGCGUGUGUGUGCGUGUGAUAUGGGGAACCUUAAAUCUUGUCCUAGAGGGCUCGCUGGCUCCAACAGCAGGGAUAAGGAAGUCAGUGGGCUCUGUUAAAAAGCAAAACGAGGCCCUUAGAGGGUUCCCUCCCCACCUGGGAUCUAUCAAGGGGACUACGCUCCUCACACAGCCAAAGACAGGGCUCGCUUCCCGGUCCCGAAUGGGCUGCUCAACAGAAGCAACUCGAUUCCGCCACACGUUCAAAGUUUCACAUUCUUUCCAAACUCCGUCCCUCUCCUUCACAGUUCUAAAUAGGACACCCCGUCUCUCAGUAAAAUGCUUUGCAGUUUUCUGAACGCAGAAUGUAUGUCUCUGUGUGUAUGCGUGCGCGUGUGUGCCUACUCUAACUAGGGAUCCAAAAACCACAAAAUAAAGGGACUUUAUCUUUAGCCGAGUCCCCACACUCAGUGGAACCAACUGAGAGAAAUGGGUGUAAACCCUCUUAGCUCUGGAUGGAGCUCUUAAUUUAAUUAAAAAUUUCAUUCUCCUUUUCGCACGUCCUCCUUCUUUUUGUUCAUAGAUUGCCUAUUAUUUUUACCGCCAUGAUUGUUAUUGCUACAUCAACAAUAACAACAGGGACAAGUCCUCGCAGCGAAAUGCAGAAGGAGUGCGGAUUAGAUGUAUUUUUUUAAAAUUUGUGCCGUGAAAGCUGUAUUUGGCAACUUAACUUUUCUCCCCUCCGCCCAAGCUAUAAACAGUUUAAACAAACAUCAUAAUACGUAGCGUUCUUCCACAGAGCGAAAAUAAGGCAGCUGUUCCUCUAUUGUUCUUAUUAAUUCUAUAAAAAAACAAAACAAAUUCAUUUGCCGAAAGAGAGGCGAGAGGGUGGGGGUGCGGGGGUGCGGAAAUCAAAAUAAAAUGAAGGGAAUUCAUUUAUUUUUAAGCUAUCCGCCCUCUCCUAUCUCUGUUUCCGGAUGUCAUUAGUUUGAGUUAUGCAUGUUUAUGAGUAUGUAAAUAAAUAUGCAGGGGUUUGUGUAAGCAGGCGUGAUUUUAUUGUGUCGGUGUGCCACGCAGAAUCUUCUUGCCAUUCCUUAUUGCUCAACGUGGCUUUAAGAAUGUUGGGGUUUAAAUAAUAGCUUUGGAAAUAAAUAAGAUCACAAAGAAUUUAAAGGGUCCCAUGAAACAAUGCAGAAAAUAUAAACAAAGGGUGGCACUUUACCUCCUCCAAUUGGACUUUCCCAGUUUAUAUAGCAAUGUAUAUUUUGGUAAAGUUUAAUCUGAAAUGUAGAGCAGGGGGUUGAGUGGGAAGCAAGAAAGCAUAAAAAUAAAAAAAACACCUUUCAGCUUCAUCAAUGGAGGGAGAAUAGAUCGACUCAUAACAGAGAAGCCGGAAAGUUGCUAAAGGUUUGGGUUGACUCACCGAGUUGUCAGUCUAGGAACUGUAAGGCAGCGGUGGAGGGACGGGCGGGGGGGGGGGAAUAAGUAAACAGUAUGGAAAUAAAAAGUGCAGAAACGCAAUUGAAAUAUGUAAUAUAUUUAAAAUAAGUUCACUGCGGAGGUGAAGAGGGGGAUUAAAAUCUUACAGGAUCCAGUUGCCCGAAGGCUGUCUUUCAAGACAUUUUACAAAGGAUUUCAGGGCUCGGCACAAUGUUUAUUUGUUGGCUAUUUUCUUUUGCCUCUGAUCCUACACUUUUUUUAAAAAAUGCACUGGCCUUUGGGGGUGUGCAAUCAACUUCUCAGUGUACUCAGCGCCCCCCACCCCCAGCUCUCUUGAUCUGAACGGCUCAAGAGUUCAUAACCGUCCAGCGCCUUGUGUGUUAGUAUUCAGAAUAUUCUGCUGCGGUUGCAGAUUGUUUUUUUCGCUGGGCUUGGUUUCCCCAGCCACCCACCCUGUAGAAAUCCACUUAGUUGUUGACUGUUAUAAAGAGCAGCGGCCGAGAUUCCUUUGUCUCUUGGCGGUCUGUAUGUUUCCAAAGGCAGUCUGAGAAUUCUGCCGUCGGCCCCAAGAAAAACAAUAAAUAAAUAAAACUAUAAAUGCAUUGCUGGAAAAUACACUGGUGCGGGUGUGUGUGUGUGUGUGUGUGUGUAAGAGAGAGAAGUCUGAGCAUGAAGAUGACUUGGGAAAUGCUGCUCUGUGGACACCCUCUCCCCACAAAACAGUAUCCUCACUUGGUUUGGGUGCUUGUUUAUUUUAUGGGUGUUUUUUUUAAAGUGUUGCAAGUGUGUAUGUAUGUCUGUAUAUAGGUACGCAUUUAUUUAAGUGAUUCACGCGGGCUAUCUGGGAAGGCGCCACCCUUUGCUUCUACAGACCACCGUUUGUGACUGUCCACGUUUGUUGUUAGGGCUGGACUGUCACUCAAUGGGGGCGGCGGCGGCGGCAAAUGCGCUAGAGGUUAGAUCGAGGCCCACAGAUGGCCGCUCCUCGCAAGUGAAACCGGCCACAGGGAUAGAGAUAGUGUGAGUAAGGGGAGCGUUAGCUUGAAACCGACUAAUAUUUUGCAAACCAACACGAUAGCGGCCCGUUUGUGCGUUUAAGUGCCUGCCUUGGCGUCGCUCUCUGUGUGUGCAUUUCUGAACGUGCCAAUUGCUUUCCUAUGCAAACCCUCUGUCUUCUCCACCCCGCUCUUUUUAAAAAUAUAAUUACAGCGUUUCUUUUACUCUGUGCUUUCCAAGCGACCUUUUCUCUCCGAAGUCCCUUUGCUUGCUUUUAACUCUCUCCCCCCCCCCAACAACAACCCCCCCACCCCCUCUCCUUUGAUUUGAAACACUUUUUGCGGAGGGAGAGAGGGCCAUUGCAGGCAGGAAGCUGGCUUGCAGCGCCGCGCUGGGCAGCAAAGAGAAGGCGGCAGCGGGCCCCGUGGCUGGCCUGAGAUCAGGCUGAAAGAAAAGAGAGAAAGAGAGAGGGGAGGAAGGAAGGAAGGAUUCUCGAUGAACCAGGCUAAGCGGUUGUUUGAGGGAAGGGUUUGCUGGAGAAAAAGGAAAGGUGUCUCCGGAUUGUUGCGCCCUCUUGGCAAGCGCCUUUGGGAUCCGGGUCCCCUCCCUAGCCAUGCGCUUUUACGCGCCUGGAUUGCUGCGUUCGAGGGCCGGGUUUUCGGGGAGUCUCGCCUCUUUCCCUUUCUGUGUGGCUUUCCUUUCUGAGCAAGGAUCUGUGUGCUCUUCCUUUGUCUCCCCACCAACCCCCAACCCCCAACCCCGCGUCCUGCAGGCUCCAGCACCAGGCGAUCGGACAGAGCGGCAUGCGGUCCUUGUCAGAACCGGGCUGCCCUACCCACAGCUCGGCGGAGUCUCCGUCCACGGCGGCCAGCCCCACCACAAGCGUCUCCAGCCUGACGGAACGAGCCGAGACGGGCACGUCCAUCCUCUCGGUAACCUCCAGCGACUCAGAAUGUGAUGUAUGA